UUAUGACUGGAAAAUACUAAUAAUUCAUUUUUCACUUGGCCCUUGGGUGAUGGACCUGCUGGGCAUAGUGGUGCUCACCAGUAAUCUAGCACUUGGGAAAUGGAGGAAGGAAGAGAAUCGAAAAUCUAAAAAGAUACAUUAUGUUGGUGAAGCUGAGACAAUCAACAAAGACAGAAUACAAUAGCAAGCUCUUCUUUCCUCCACCAUCGUGUGCCCUACACUUGACUCGGUUUCUUGCCAUGUCUGCUCACAAGACUUUCAGACUCAAGCAAUUCCCAGCCAAGAAACACAAGCAAAAUUGUUCUAUUCCUCAGUGGAUUCAGAUGAAAACUGGUAACAAAAUCAGGUACAACUCCAAGAGAAGACACUGGAAAAUGAAGCUGGGUCUGUAAGGAUUCACACAAUGGCAAUACUGAGGGUUUAUACCGGAUCAUGGUCAUUGAUCAGUCCUACCAGGUGGAGGUGACCAUUUAUAAC